AUCAGGAAUGAGGUGCUCUUGAACUGCUGCAACCUAUUGGGCCUAGUUGAACAAUGCAUAAAGCUUCUAGACUCCUAAAUAAUGUGGAUUGCAAAGCUGUGACGCAGCUUUAAUUCCUUGCUCAGAUGAUUAGAAUGAUGUUGGAAUAUGCUGGAAUAGACAUGGAUUCACCGUUUUGGUCAAACAAGCCAUAUGGUUCAUCUCGUAGUAUUAUUCGCAGAAUAGGUUCUAGCCUCCCUCUUAAACCAUGUCCAAGAGUUCACUUUCAGAUUUUCCAUGGCUUUGGCAAAGCAGCUCAAAGUUUUUCAGAGUCAGAGUAUGGUGCAGUUGCUUCCCUGGCUGACGUAGGCUGGAUUGUGUGUGACCAGGGGGAGUCAUUUAGCAAGCUGAGAUCAGAAAUUCCACUGGAAGGUGGUGAAGAUUCUGAACAUGAGGGUUCAUCUUGUGCAAAGCCUAUUAGCAGGCAAACUUCUUUACCAAAUUUAAGGAAUUGUAAAAAGGAAUCUGCAGCUCCCACAAUGGCCAGUGACGCAGCACUAGAAAAAAUCCAUGUAUUGGAGAAUGAGCUUGCUAAGUUACGAGAACAGAUUGCAAUGAUUGUAACUAUACAAGAACAAAGAAGUCCUGCGGCAGUGACACCUGGUGCUGUUCCUCCUUGUGCUGCUCCCACACCUCCCCCACCACCUCCCCCACCUGUACCACCCUCACCUGCUUUCCAGCGUAGUCAAUCUGUGAUUGACCUCAUCAAAGAAAGAAGAGGAAAGAAAGCUGACAGUAGUCAGAUUACAACUAGUCAUACUCCACCAACUCUGCCAAACAUGUUGGAUGUUUUAAAAGACAUUGAUAAAGUGAAGCUACGCUCUGUAAAGAAAUCUGUGGAUAAUUUAAAGCCGAAACUAGACCAAGGUUCUGCAGAUCCAACAGCUUUAAUAGCAGCAGCUUUGAAACGCAAAUUUGCACAUCACUACAAAAAUGAUCAUUGUAGUGAAAAUCGACCUUCAGACUCUGACUUCCAGGCGAGCACAGAACCCCCAAAGUUUGGACAACACAUGCUGAAACCAACUGGAAAGAGAAAACCAUUGUUGGAAACUUCACCUCAUUCUUGAUUGGAAGCUCAGGGCCGGGGAAGAAAGGUUAUACUUCUCCUCUACGUGACUUUAAUUUGCUUUGGACUUAAUUGUAUGAAGAAAUGCUGUCACUACAAAAUUCUCUGCAGUUUACGUGAGCAAUAUUUAUAAAAUCAGGUUUCCAAACAGUUUGGUUCACUGCCUUUAUAUGCCGGUUUGUGUUUUGCAUAUAUUCACAGUGAAAUGACCUACUUGUUGUCAAAUUGUAACAUUUGAAGUUAUCGUGUUGCUGUUUGUACAUGUGUGAAUACGGCACCUAAAGGGAACUAAAUUGGUCAGGUAGUUUUUCUAUAAAUUAUAUUUUAAAUAAGCCAUGGCAUUUUAUUUCUGCUUUGGCUUUCACAUUACCACAGCUUAAUAUUGCUGAAGUGGUGGUAACUUAGGGCAAAAAUUGUAGGUUUGUAAUAAGUUAUACUGCACACUGAUUCUAAAAUUUACUUCCCAUCAUAAGCCCUUUUGAUUACUUGAUUUUUAAAACUUUUCAAUUUUUGUUGUGUUCAUUUCAUUUUAUUUUGAUUGUGAAUGCUGAUGAAAUUGACAUACUGCAGCACUACAGUCAUCAAUGCACAAGGUGUGAUCUUCUAUGAGUUGGUGUUGAGUCAUCACUUGGUUUGUAUUGAUUAUUGCUUACUAGUUUUUAGCUCCUGACCGCCCAAUCCUUCGUGCAUAACCAAAAAUUUCACAAGUGACUAAAGAUGAACCAACUGAAAAAGAUGGUAAUAUUUAAUGAUCCUUUAUAACUAUUUAUUUUAUAACAAGUCCUGAUUGGUAAAACGCACAUUAAGUAUUAUUCCUGAAAAUCCAGAACAUAGAAGGUUGCAGCAUACAUGCUCAGAAUUUUAAUAAUUGAGUGAAAAACGUUUAUGUAUAUCUUACACUAAUAACUUUUGUACAUGGAUGGUAGUCCAGCAUUAUCCUUUUGUACUUUAUUAAAAGAAAAGCUUUAAAGUAAGAACAUUUAGGAGGUUAGAGUACACUGCUGUUGCAUAAUGCUUUGACCAAUCAACAGGAUGCCUGUUAUUGCAUGGAAUGUAUUUACUACACUACAAAUACUGAAAUUCUCGAGAUCCAAAUGCAGUGGAAUAAGGAAGUCUAAGUUCGGAGGAUAC